GUCGGCCAUCUUCGUUUGACAAGUGGUGAGAAAGUUUUGUAAAUCAACAAUGAGUAGCGACGAGGAAAACUCUGAAAAUUCCAAGCACGACAAGAGUGCUGAAUUGGAGGAAUUGCUGAGCCUGGAGAAUCUCGAUCGCGCUUCACCGGAAUUGUGGCCUGAAAAGAUUCCAGGCGUCACGGAUUUCAUCUCGUCGAGCAACAAUCGCUCCUCCGUCUCGCCAACGCCGCCUUCGUGGUCGCGCGGAUUAACGUCCGAAGACAUCGCCGCGAUGCACAAGCUGGGAGAGCUGACGCCGACGGCUCUGGCGCUGGAUCUGAAGAAGAUCUACGAUCAGGCGUACGUGCUGGGCGUGCAGGAGGCCAAAGAGAUGACCAGAGGGAAGUACCUGAACAUCUUCGGCUACGACAUCAACAAAAGCAUUCAGCAGCAGCAGACGCAGUCGAAGGGUUUCCCCGCAACGGCGCACAGAAAAAGCUCAACGUCUUCAGACUGAAACUUCCACUUAAUUUGCGAGAAUAAAGAGAGAAAAACAG